AUGGAAACUAUAGUAGCCAUCUCUCUCACUCUGUCCAUACUCACAGGUCUCUGUGCCGGUCAGGGUGUGUUACCACAAGGCCCUGUGAAUGGAGCAGAAGGAGGGACAGUGAUGUUCAUUACAAAUCUAAGUCCACCAGCCCAGCCGUUCAUAAAAAUAUCCUGGAGUGUUGGUGGAGCCAAUAUUAUAACCUCUACCGGUUCUGACGCUAUAGGGCCUGGAUACGGAGACAGGAUCACUCUGAACAAAACUACUUGGUCUCUGGAGCUCAGGAAUCUGACCCUGGCUGACAGUGGAGAAUACAGACUGGCUAUAACAACAGCUACAGCAGAAACAAUCAAUGGAUCAACUAAACUGGUUGUGUAUGAGAAUGUAUCUGAUGCAAACAUCACAGGACCAACAAACAAUCUGUUUGCAGAUGUGAGCUCUGCCACCUUAACCUGUGAGGCAGCUGGUAACAUCACUGCUAUACAAUGGAUGAAGGAAGGUCAGCCUCUGUCUGCUGGUGGCAAUAUAUUCUUCUCAGAGGAAAACAGGAACGUAUCCAUCAGUCCUGUGAAGAGACACGACGGCGGAGAAUACCUGUGUAAACUCAUCAACCCUGUCAGCUCUGCUACUGCCUCCUAUAGCAUGAUAGUGAACUAUGGACCAGACUCCAUGAUCAUCCUGGGCGAACAUGUCGCUGAGAUGGAGUCAUCCACCCUCAUUUACUGCUCUGUUCAGUCUGUACCGCCUGCUGCGUUCACCUGGUUGUUCAAUGGGCAACAGACAGGUGUACAUGAAGCUGGAUACAUCAUAAAGAGUGUCAGCUACAACAACAGCGGGGACUACCGAUGUGAUAUUAGGAAUGAUCUCACCGGACACGUCGUCUCUAUGGGCCAUAGUCUGUCAGUGAAAGAGAAAGCCCCUCCACCCCUAAGCCCAGAGGGAGCAGCAGGUAUAGCAGUCGCUGUGAUGUUGAUAGUGGUUGCUGUGGCUCUUGGUCUCUAUUUCGGCAUAACCCAUCAUUGGAACAACAAAGGGAACAACAAACAGAAAGGUGGGAGAAAAACAUGA